AUGGCCUUCAGUGAUUUAUGUCACAUAGGUAAUGCGUAUAAAACCGUGGAAAAUGAAACAGAUCAGUCGGAACGCAUUAUGGAAGAAAACUCAAUGGUCCGAGAUCUCAUCACAAAGAUCCUUGAUGAGACUGGACCUACGGAAGGGAGCAGCUCUGUACAAUCACCGGAAAAGACUUUAAGCAUACCAUCGAAUAACGCGCAAUACCCCAAAACUGAUACAAACUCACCGUUCAUGCCUCCAUCGUUCAACUACCAAAACAACCAUACAACUUCGUACAACUUCGGCCAAAACGAACAAAAUGGCUUCAACUUCAAUCUACAAAACGGUUUUGGUAAUUCGAACUUCGUCAAUUAUCAUGACAAUGACGUAGGACUUUUAGGUCUCGAUACAGUCACUGACUCCUCAGAUGUGACGCCGGAGCAACUAAAUCUUCUCAGGCUAGCCGCUCAGGAGAUCGGCGGCGCUCAAUUUUCAAGCCCCAAUGAAAAGUACUAUAACUUCUUCGACCAAAGCCAAAGAAACUCACUACCUGAUACAAUGUUCCCUUCUAAUAACUAUAAUAGACCCAACAGUCUCAACUUGGACAUGAAUUACAAUUCAAGUUACGAUAGCACGUUUAACAACACGCACAGAUUUCCGAAUAAAUUUGAAAAUUUCAAGGAGCAAACUCAGGAUACUGACUUGCUUUCUUAUUUGAGCCAGUUGAACAUGUCUGUAGAUCGUAGUCGCGAUGAAACAAUGCCAAACAUGGAUUAUAAACUGCCCAUGGACAAUGGACAUUAUCAGGGCGAGGACUUUAACAAAAUACAGGACAAUAAGAUGUUUUUUAACAGAAAUUUCCAACCGCCUCAGAAAAGCUUUAACGGGGACAACUUCUAUGAUAUGAUGUCACAAAUCAAUGAGAGGAAUCCAAUGGGACAGAAUUUCGAAUUUAACCAGCCGACCCCAGUGUCGAGUGGUAACACAAUAAACUAUAAACCCAAUGGUUUCCACCAGAAUGACUUUAUGCAGAGACGUGAUGUGAAUCAAAUCAUGCAGCGUGAGAAUUACCAACCGACUGGUGCUAUGAAUGAGCAAAGAGGCAAUUUCGAUAAUGGAUUGGGGAGAGAUAACGGACAAGCGGCUCUUAUGAGGCAGAAUCAGGAGUUAGCGAGGCACAUGAGUUUGUUGAUGAGAAAUCGGCCCCCACCUAAUCAGCUCAAUGUUGAUGUUUCCUUUUUGCCGGACAAUGCUCCUUUCAAUCUUGGUUUGGGCGCUUUAUUAGGACCCAGUCCGCCGGUCCCACCACCCGUGUUGCCGUCACCGAUGUUAGAUCUACCCCUGCUAGCGCCUUUCUACGCUAUGAGGAACAUGAGAGGUGCGGCGACGUCAUCAGGCAUACUCCACGCGCGACUUGACUCCUGCUACGAACAAUGGAGGCAGUUGGAGCGCGAACGCAAACGAACAGAGGCUCGGCUGGCUCUCGCGUACCCUGGACGUGCAGUCUCAUCUUCCAACUCUAUCCCCGUGCCACGGCUGCCACCUUGUCCAACCAGGGUCGACCGCCUCACGGUUGACAUGCUGAGGGAGCAUACCAAGGUGUUAACAUUAAUGGGUAAGAUGGAAACUCUACGUGCAAGCGUUUGCGUGGCUCAGAACAAGAAACCCAACAGGUCUGAAGAUCCUAAGAUAACUGUACUGAAACGCGGACAAGAGAAUGUUAGCGACAAGGAGAAGGAGGUGGGAGUGGACCCGGCUACUUUUGAUCCUACCACAUGGAGAGAGGAUGUAAAGAAUUUGGCUGAAAUUGCACCGCACAGUGAAGUGGAAAGCGCGAUGUUAGCCUGGCGCAGUGCAGUGGGAGCUGUGCAGGCUGCGAGACGACGAGAACUCGCGCCGCACCAUCACCACCAGCACCGGUACCUGCGGACAGACCCCAUCUUGCAACUAGCGGAGGCUGUGAAACAGUUAGGUAUCUGCGCACGUCGCGCCCGCUGCGCCAUGUGGUGUGAUCUGACGCUCACCGUCGCACUCGCGCCGCGGGACGGCCCGCCCGCCGCCACCACAGCCACCACCGCCGCCACCACAGCCACAACCACCACCACCACGCCCGCCAAUACCAAGCCAACUGCGAACGAGGCUACUACCCAGUUUGCAGUACCUGCGCAGAAGCAAACACAAGACAACGCCGUCAGCAGUUCGAAUCAAAGUAAUUUGAAACAGACUAACGCAGAAAAGAAAGAGGAAAAACCCAACGAGACAGCAAAGAAUGAGACUAAACCAGAAAGCAACACAAACAACAAAUCGAACAAGCAAUCAGACAAACAACAAGAGAAGAAUCAACAGAGACGUGCGCAGAACUACAGGAAGGUCAACCAAGGCAAGAACGAUUUCUAUCAGAAGAACCAAAGGUAUGAUAACCGGUUCAUGCAUAACCGACAUCCAUAUCAUUACCUAGCUACAGGCCCUAUUAAUUGA